AUGACGGAGCAGGAUCUCGAAAAAGAGGUUAAAUUAAUGAAAGAAAUGCGAAAUGAACUCGCCAAAGUCACCACUGUUCGGGAUAAAUUGUCAAAUCAGCUUAAUGAAACAAAUAUGGUUAUGAGUGAAUUAAAGCUGCUUACUCAUGAUUCGACUGUUUAUAAAAUGGUCGGUCCAGCUUUAAUCAAACAAUCGACAAAGGAUUCUCAGGAGAACGUGAAAAGAAGAGGCGAAUAUUUGACUGCAGAAAUUGAACGACAUGAAAAAAUUAUCAAAUCACAUGACGAAAAACUCACCAAUCAUACGAAAAAAAUUAACGAACUUCAGGCUAAACUAAAAUCUUAAUUUUUUGU